GCAAAGACAAAAGGCAACAGGGUGAAUUUUGGAGUUAAAUAUGCCGAAAAACAACAGCGGAGAUUCCUGCCUGAAAAACUGAAAGAAGGAAGGAACAUCAUUGGAUUGCAGAUGGGCACCAACAAGUUUGCCAGCCAGCAAGGUAUGACAGCAUAUGGCACACGUCGACACCUCUAUGAUCCAAAGUUGGGUACAGACCAACCUCUAGAUCAGGCCACUAUCAGUCUACAGAUGGGAACCAACAAGGGGGCGAGCCAGGCGGGCAUGACAGCUCCUGGAACCAAGAGACAAAUCUUCGAGCCCACCCUUGGCAUGGAGCACUGCGACACCCAGAAUAUCUCCCUGCAAAUGGGCAGCAACAAGGGAGCCUCACAGCAAGGCAUGACUGUCUAUGGGCUGCCGCGGCAAGUCUACGACUCCAAGUAUUGUCUCACGCCCACCUAUGCUGCAAUUGGAGAUGAUGAAGACCAAUAUAACCACAGCCAUCAUAACUUCUACAACUCUGAAUAGCCAGGAGGAGCUGUGGGACAGAUAAUAAGAGACACCAGCACUGCAAGGAACUUCCUAAAAGAUCCAUCGUCAUGUGAUUAUUUUAUCCCGGGAAUUUAAGAAGAUUCAGACAGUUCCCUAAAUUGCUAACCAGCUCACUAAAGACUCCUUAAUACAUGCCAGAGCCAGGCGUCCCCCUCACUGAGUGUUAAAGCUUCACCCUGAUCUCUUUCACGCUUUGACUUAGCAACUCCUGUCACUGCUUUUGAGCAUGCACUAAUAUGGCUCAAAACUCUCAGGAUGAAAGAACAAGUAAUAAAACCAGUCGGUUGAGAGAAGUAGAAACGAAAGAAUGAGUCCUCUUAACUUGGCUUCUCAACUGACAAAAAGCCCUGGCAGCUGUCAAUCAUUUCUCUCAGUGCCAGCUGCUGCUAACGUUUUGCAACAAUGCAGAGGCAGGCAAUGAAGAUACCUGUAAAAUUGUUAGGUGCUGCAACAAUUUUGUAUUCAUUAAUUACACAAAUCGCUUCAGGGCAAGCUGUAUUUUCUGAUCGGCUUAGAUAUAAAAUAUCAAGUUCUCCAUA